AAACUCAUCCCCCAUUCCUUCCCAAUUCUUUCCUUUAUGCAUUUCAUCAUUAUUUUAUUAUCAUUUGCAACACCUCCCAUCUCUCUCAGCAUGUCUGUUCCUUCUACUUUUUUUCCUCUUAUAAACUGUUUUUUGGGGAUCUCGGUCAACAACAAUAUUUGGAAACCCUUGAGUUAGGAACAGUAAUGUUCAAUAAAGGGGAUCUGCGUGAACAGUACAUGAAUCGGGUUCCUGACCUUUCUCUGCAAAUUAGCCCUCCCAAUCCUGCUCCUUCCACAGCUUGCACCGGGAAUUCUUCCUUUGAUAUUUGGUGCAGAAAAGAUGCCCUAAAUUCACUUACUUAUGGUUCCCAAGCAGACACCCAGCUUUCCUUAGCAAAUCCUGCAAGCAGUGCCUCACAGAUUGAUAGCCCUUCCCCAAACUACUUCCCAACUACCUAUGAUGAUCAAACCAGGCACAGAAAUCUUCUCAAGUGUGGCCAAAAUGGUGGUCAACUAAGUAAUAUAAACCAUGGAAUUUCAUUGCUUGAUGUUCCGGGACCGAAACCCACCAAGGGGAUUCCAGUAUACAGUAACACUAUGUCGCUCCCCUUUUUGAGCUCCGAUAGUUUUGUAGAUAUGGAUCCUGAUAAGUUAGGAUUUUAUUCUUCCUCGGUAGCUUCUGUGUUGCACUCAGCCGAUGCUUGUAGAAGAGCAAGUGAAGCAGCUAGGUUUAAUGGGAUUUCACUGGAGAAGCUUGGGCCCCAGUUUCAUCAUCACUACGCCCAACAUGGGGCGGCAAUGGGUAGCUCCAGAUUUAUACCUAAAUUACAAAGUAGCAAAAGGAAUACAAGGACACCCAGGAUGCGUUGGACCAGCUCUCUUCAUGCUCGUUUUGUUCGUGCUGUAGAGCUUCUUGGUGGUCAUGAAAGAGCAACUCCCAAGUCAGUGUUAGAGCUAAUGGAUGUGAAAGAUCUAACCCUCUCCCAUGUUAAAAGCCAUUUACAGAUGUAUAGGACUGUUAAGAGCAGUGACAAACCUGCAAGUUCCUCAGAAAAAAUUAGAAAUGAGGGGGAGUGUGCAGAAGAAGACUGUUUGGGUGUUAGCAGAAAUACAGUGAGUGGAAAUGAUAAGUGUUCAGAGAAGCAGGGAUCAACAUCUCCUAAUUUGAGCAUACAACAUGAUUAUGAUGAAAAUAAUAAUUCCAUUCAUCUGUGGACUAACUCCUCAAGUAGAGGAGUUGGGUUGUUGAGUUGGAGGAAUCCAGAUGAGUGCAGACCACAAGCUCCAUCAUCAUCUCAAUCUGGAAAACAGUUUGAUGGAAGCAGUUUUUCUCAACAAAUCUUGAGGGUGUCAAGCGUAGAGCUCCAAAACCCAAGCUUGCACUUCAGCUUAGGAAAACAGACGACAGACUGAAUCACGUAUGUCAAGUAGACCUGAUCAUGGGUCGAAGGCCGGCUCGAAAAGUGGGAGGGCUUGGGAAAAAAUAUAGGCCCAAAAAAUGGGCUUAGGCAAAAAACGAGGCCUAUUUUCUAAACAGGCUAGGCCUGGGGUAAGCUUUUUUUGGCUCGGAUCCGGUCCAGCCCGAAUUUGCAAAAAAGUUGCUGCUAUUU